GAUGGCCGACAACAUGAAGAUUUGUGGAAAGUGUGUCGGUCAGCUGUGAAUGACAUUGAAUUAUUUUACAUGAUAUGCUGUUUCUAGAGGUGCACAAUGUCGUAUCGGGUGAUAACAAGUACCCUACCAAGGGCAGCAAACUAUGGCCUAAAGACCUGUCAUCGACCGCCUUGUGUAUGUCGGUGCCAUACUCGCUCACACAUGAUUUCGAACUCAAAGAGGAGUUAUCUGAUGACUGUGGCUAAAGUACAGACUGAAGCAAACAGCAAAAGAUUACUAUCACAGAUUCACCCAGCUGCCUAUGUUCUUUCAACAAAAUACAAGCUAGAUUCCCAUCAAGACUCUAGCUACUACAAAUCAAGAUAUCUCAUAGGCUCUUCCCUGGAUCCUAGUAGCCUGUCUGCGUUCCAUAAUAAUGUGAUUUAUAGACGAUUACAUACCACUAAAUUAUUUUACAAAGAAGAGUCGAAAGUAGAAAAGACUGUGAAAGCAUUGAAAGAGGAGGCCACUGAUGUUGCUAAGAAACCAGUAGAAGAGACUGUGGUGGUGGUGAAGAAGUCUUUGUGGCAAAGAUUUGUAGCAGAGUGUAGACAUUACUACCAUGGGUUUAGGUUGUUGUUCAUAGAUAUAAAGAUUGCUGCCAGGAUGGUGUGGACCAUUCUCAAUGGGAAAAUCUUAUCGCGGAGAGAACACAGACAGCUUGUCCGCACCACAGCUGACCUGUUCCGACUGGUGCCGUUCUUGGUGUUCCUGUUGGUUCCGUUCAUGGAGUUUCUGCUGCCAGUGGCCAUCAAGCUUUUCCCAAGCAUGCUGCCCAGUACAUUCAAGGAAGAGAACAAAGAGCAAGAGAAGCUGAAGAAACAGCUGAAGGUGAAGCUGGAGAUGGCAAAGUUCCUCCAGGACACCAUCAACGAGAGCGCUCUCCAGGGCAAGAAGUCCUCUGGAGAGAAGGUCCAGAAGUUCUCAGACUUCAUGAACAAGAUUCGAAGUGAAGGUAUCCGACCUAGCACAGAUGACAUCAUCAAGUUCUCGAAGCUGUUUGAGGACGAGAUGACGCUGGACAACCUGUCCCACCAGCAGUUGCAGGCGCUGUGUCGUGUCCUCAGUAUCACCCCCAUCGGCACCGACGCCCUGCUCCGCUUCCAGCUCAAGCUGAAACUCAGGCAACUCAAGGCUGAUGACAAGAUGAUCAUCAAAGAUGGUAUUGAGAGUCUAUCAGUGACCGAACUGCAGGUGGCCUGCCGAGCAAGGGGAAUGCGAGCCUUGGGUGUGUCUGAAAAAAGACUUGGUUUGCAGCUGCAGCAAUGGCUUGACCUUCACCUUAAUGAAAAGAUCCCAACAUCCCUGUUGCUGCUAUCACGUGCCCUGUAUCUCCCGGAGACCCUGUCCACGACUCAGCAACUGGAGGCUACCAUCUCAACUCUCUCCGACACACCGGCUGCGGAGGAGGCCAAGCUGAAGGUGGCUGAGUUGAGCGGAGACAAGGUCGACAACAAGACGAAGCUGGACCUCAUCAAGCACGAGGAGGAGGCCAUCCAGAAGGAGAAGCAGGCGCAGAUGGAGGAAGAGGAGUUGGACAAGGCCAAGCAAUUGGAGCGUGAGGCUGCUGAAGCACUGGCGGCACAGACUGCUAUGGACACGAAGGAUAUGCUCCAUGAUGAAGCUGCCAUUCUCGAUGUCAAGCCUGGAGAAGAGCUGAAGGACAUGGCUCCUGCCAUGGAAGAACCAGAGGAGGAGAAGAUCUCAACUAAAGACUUGGAAGAGAUUGAAUCAGCUCUGGAGGAGAUUGCUGAACAGAAGCAGCUGAACAUCGAGAAAGAAGAACUCCAGGAUCUCAAGGAAGAGGUGGAGGAGUACAAGGAGGACUUGGAAGACUUGAAGAGUGUCAUUCUGGCAUCUGGGAGACCUCAGGAGGAUCUUCGCGAAUCCAAGGCUGCUCAGCGUCUGACGAAGCGAGUGAGUAAGAUGAUCUCCCAGCUGGACGACGUGAUCUCAGGACUCCACAAGGAGAAGCAGAAGUUUCAGGAGGAGUUGGAGGUCAAGCAGGUCAGGAUGAAGUGGACCUCGGAGCAGAAGGAUGACGAGCGACUGCAGCAGAUACGCAAGGAGAUUGCAGAGGAGAAGAACACCAUCAUCAGCAUCAAUGAGAUGGUUCUUGCACUGAAGCGGAUCCAGAAGGUGCCAGACGAGACCAAGCUGCAGACUAUCGUGGAGGUGCUGGACCAGGACAUGGAUGGCAUCAUCGACAUCAAUGAUGCUCUCAAGGUGAUUGAGACACUAGGGCGGGAGAAUGUGAAGCUGAACAAGUCCCAGGUGACGGAGAUGCUUGAACUGCUGAGACAGGAGGACGUCAUUCAGGAGGAGGAGAAGCGACGUGAAAAGGAGGAAAAGGAGAACACGAAGCAGGGCACAGAGCAACAGCAACAACAGCAGCAGCAAUAGUGGUUACAGUCUAUAUCAUCUCAUUCCUUCUACAGAUCUAUGAAACAAUGAAGUAAACGCAUAGGAUUGCAGCCCCUGUAGACCCUGUGAGAACAGCAACAAGGAGAGAUGCUUGUACCAGUGCAUUGCCUGGGUUAGAGCCUCUGUUGCUUGCACAAUUUGUUGAGAAAUUGUAGGAAGCACUUGCUUAUUCUGGAAUCCAUGGAAAUUCUGUAUGGCAUGUGCCUGAAUCCAUCAUUUUGAUCAACCUCUGGCCAUGAUGGACUUGAUUGUCUGCCAGAUUAGAAAUGUGCAUUCUCGUCAUUAGUUAGAUGUAUAUUUAUGAGAUGAAUCUGAAGAUUGAUUAUGAGAUGUAUGUGAAGAUUAAGAUUGAUAUUGGUAGUUAUGAACAGAAUUGAUUGUGACAUAGGUGUUCAUUGAGUGCUGAGGGACCAGUCAUUUAUUACAGGGGUGUCGUGGGUCGGAGGUUUUUGAUGAACUUAUGUACUGAAAAAUAUGAAUCUCCCCUAAUGCUUGUCAGAUUUAUGGAUAGCCCUCCCCAUGUCCUUGUACAAUUUUUUCAUGACCCCUUCCCAAGUAUGUGUGUAAUUUUUUAUGACCCUCCCCUCGACUAGCAUGUUUUUUGGUGACCCUCCCCUGAUUCCUUCUGCCCCCAUCCUCCCUAUAAAUGACUGGUCCCUAAUAUUGUGAAAAUUAUAUCAACUUUUGCCUAAACAGUUUGUAUGAAUACUGAAUUGUACUUAUAUUGUUGUUUAGUGGUGUUCAUUACUGCUGGAACAGAUGAAAAUAUUAAACAUAGAAGAAGACAUACUUGUGACAUAAUGCUGGAAGCAUGUUAAAGUUAGAGUUGUAUGUUGAAUGUAUGGCAAAUGGAUAGUCAUUUUUUCCAGAAGUUAGAUGGGAAACAUAUCAGAGACUUCAUGUUAAAAUUGUGAGAGGAAUCAAAACAUGAUGUGUCGAGCAUAGUUGUGAUGCAUCAGUAACCAUGGAAACUAGUGGUGUGCUGACAUGCAACUGGUAUUAUUGCUGAUCUCAUAUAGCCCAUGAUAGCCAGGAUAUAGAGGCCUAUUCUUCUAGUAACAGGGAUGGAAGUUAACAAAGAACAUCUACUAUCCCAAAUAGUCAUAACAUAUCAUGCAUAUACAGGCCUCAAAGUUGCGACUAAAACGGUGGCCAAUGCGACCUAAAUUUCAAUUUGUCUACUGUCUAAAAUUCUGAGGUAGCCAAAUGACUACCUUCAAAAAUAUCUUUUGGCGACUUAAUUCUAUUGCUACACAUAUAUCAUGAUAUAUAGACACAAAAAUAAACGUGUCUGCUACUAAUUGUACUUGCAAAUAAUUCCUCCUAAAGUCAACAAUGAACCAAAUUCAUAAAU